GACAUGAACGCGGCAUUACAUUCCGCAGCCUGGGGGGGCGGAGGGCCGUUUCCUGCCAGUCAGAGAGAACAAGAAAUUCUCAAAUUGUGACAGAACGAGCGAAAAGAAAAACCACGGUUAAUUUCAGAGUGAGUCAGUGGGGAUUAGAAAUUUGAUUGCGGGGAAGAGCAGUCCCAACAACCCAACGCUUCAGUCGGUCUCUACUCCCGAUCAAAGCCAGAGAUGACCACCGAGAAGACUGAUUACACUCCCGUACAGGGGGGACCCCCUCCACCCUAUCCCACCGGACAACCUGGGUUUCCUGUCGCCUUUGACAACAACAUGCCAAACCAGUUUGGAGGCUUUGCUCCUGGUGGUCUCCCUUUCCCUCCACCAACUGCUUUUGCCCCGGGUGUUCCAGGAGCUUUUGGGGCGGCCACGAACCCUGAAGGCGGCCCAGCAUAUGGCCCCAGUCCAUCCAUUGUACCAUACUCUCCACCAAGCCAGGGCAACUUCAAUAAUGAUGUUUACCCCAACCAGGAUGAUCCACCAGCCUUCCACGAGAAUCAAGACUUUGAUUUUGGAUUAGAUAACAAGAGCAUAAGAAGAGCCUUUAUCCGAAAGGUAUUCUUGGUGUUGACUGCUCAGCUGAUGGUGACAUUUGGCUUCGUGGCUGUUUUCACUUUUGUAAGUGAAGUCAAACGCUUUGUCGCGGUGAACGCCUGGACCUACUUGGUGUCCUAUGUUGUGUUCCUCGUGUCAGUUUGUGUGAUCAGCUGCUGUGGAAGCGUUCGCCGACGACAUCCUUGGAACCUGGUUGCAUUGUCCAUCCUGACUCUCAGUAUGUCCUACAUGGUGGGAAUGAUCGCCAGCUUCCAUAAGACUGAGUCCGUCAUCAUGGCAGUGGGCAUCACUGCAGUUGUGUGCUUCACGGUGGUCAUCUUCUCUCUGCAGACCAAGUAUGACUUCACCUCCUGUCAUGGCGUGCUUUUCGUCUGUUUAAUUGUCCUGAUCCUCUUCGGCCUCCUGUGCAUCAUCAUCCGUGACAGGAUUCUGCACAUUGUGUAUGCUGGACUGGGAGCAUUGCUUUUCACCUGUUUCUUGGCAGUUGACACACAGCUGCUGCUUGGCAACAAGGAACUGGCCUUGAGUCCAGAGGAAUAUGUCUUUGCUGCUCUCAACCUGUACACAGACAUCAUCAACAUCUUCCUCUAUAUUCUUGCUAUUCUUGGAAGAGCAAGGGGCUGAGCAGGAGGAACUACACAGAGGAAUUCAGAUAGAAACUGUCUUGAGUUCAUGUAUAAAAGUGAAUUUCCAUGAUCUUGAUUUUUAUCUUGUCUUGUUGUGUUCACGUGGAUCACGUAGUUCAAGAUUUCUUUGCUUCACCAUGUCCAAAUGAUAUUUUUUUAUGGUAAUAUAGAGUGUCUGUGUUGUAGUUUGGGGAUUUUAUGAGGUAUAUGUUCUGUGAUACAAAACUUCAUCUUGCUUUAGAAAAUAAUUUCUUAUACUAUGUGAAAAUCGAUGAAACAGUCACUAUUCAAAGUCCACUUACUUUUUCCAGAGCUUUCACCUGUAUCACACGACUAAACGGCUAAAAGGUGCUGUGGAUGAAAUAACAUCUGCUGAGCUUGAAUGUUAGCAGAUCUGUCUCCAUGACAACCAAACAAUCUCCAUCCACUUAUGAGGGCUGUGUGAUAUGGUUGAAAAGCUAGGAAGUGCACUUUGAGUUUGGAUUUUUUGUCAAACUACUAUUUCCAAGGUAAAUGACUUUUAAUAAAUAUAAAUGUUCUUUUCAAA